AGCUACUCCUCCUAGCAGUAGCACACCACCGGCAUUCAAGUUUUCGAGGCAUGCACACAGACAACAAACACAGACUCAAAAAUUGAACCAAAAAAGGUUUCUCAUACCAUUCCCAUUUUGGGUCUUGCUCCUCCUUAAUUAAUAAUCCACUUUCAAGAUUUUUUUGGUUUUUGGUGUUACUUGUUGAUUUGAUUCUGGGUUUAAGAGACAGGGUUUAGGACAGAGUUACCCUUUUUCUAAUUCUUUUUAUUUCAAGGAAAAAAAUUUAUUUUAAGGAAAAAGAAAAGAAGAGAGAAAGCAAAAUCAAAAGACAUGGUCUUUCUCAUGAUAUAAAACACAGAUCCCUAUGGAAUGAAGUGGGUGCUCCCAGUUUCACUUGCUUGUUCACUUGUAACUCAUUCUCUUUGCUUUGUUUAAAGAGACCAGUUUCACUUGUUUGAUGAGCACAUAGAAUAGAACGAAAAGAGAGUGAGAAAUUUUUUCUGCUCUAGCUAAACAACAAAAACCAUGUCUUUGUAUUGCAAAGAGGUUGUUGUUGUUUUUUUUCUAGACAUGAUCAUCAUUUGUUCAUUUUCCACCCAAUGAUUGAGUGAUACUAUUAGCUACUACCAAGUUCAAAGUUCAAACCUUUUUUCAAGAUCAUGAAGAAGUCCAUGAAUGAUAGCAACACUGAUGAUGAUGGGAACAAUCAUCAUAACAACUGGUUGGGGUUCUCUCUCUCACCUCAUAUGAAAAUGGAGGUUACUUCUUCUGCAUCUCCCCAUCAUCAUAGUCAUCAAGAUCAUCAUCAUCACUACUAUCAUUCUGCAGCUUCUAGCAGCACUAUUCCCUCAGACUUCUAUCUGUCACAUUCUGGAAUCUGUUAUGGUGUAGGGGAAAAUAGCCCCUUUCAUUAUUCUCCUUCGGCUAUGAUGCCCCUCAAAUCUGAUGGUUCCCUUUGCAUUAUGGAAGCUCUCACCAGAUCACAAACCCAAGUGAUGGUGCCAACUUCAUCUCCAAAACUUGAGGACUUCCUUGGUGGUGCAACUAUGGAAGCUCAAGAAUAUGGAGGCCAUGAUGAAAGAGAGGCAAUGGCUCUCAGCUUAGACAGCAUCUACUACAACCAUCACAAUGCAGAACCUGAUGCCAACAGAGACUUUCUUUCUGAUCCCUUCAGGGAACAAGCUCAUGACAAUGUCCAAUCUCACCCAUUUUACUCAGCACUUGCUUGCCAUGAAAUGUUUCAAGCACCCUUGUUGGCAGAAGAAAGCAAGGAGCCCCACAUUGCUCAAGUGGAAGAGGAAGAUGACAUUGCUUGCUUCAGAAACUGGGUGACUCCCAGAGAGUACUCUUCUAUGGAGCAGAAUCAAGUGAAUAGUAGCAGCAUUGGAGAUGAUGGUGGUGGUGGUGGUUCAGGUUCUGGUGGUGGUGGUGGUUCAGGUUCUGGUGGUGGUUCUGGUUCUGGUGUUGGUUGUGGGGAGUUGCAGUCACUGAGUUUGUCUAUGAGUCCUGGUUCUCAGUCUAGUUGUGUCACGGUCCCGAGUCAGAUCUCAGCUUCUGGGACUGGGACUGACUCGGUGGCCGUGGAAGCUAAGAAGAGAGGGUCUUCUAAGCUUGGUCAGAAGCAACCUGUUCAUAGGAAAUCCAUUGACACAUUUGGGCAGAGAACUUCACAGUAUAGAGGUGUUACAAGGCAUAGAUGGACCGGUAGAUAUGAAGCACAUUUGUGGGAUAACAGUUGCAAGAAGGAAGGACAAACCAGGAAAGGAAGACAAGUUUAUUUGGGUGGCUAUGAUAUGGAAGAGAAAGCGGCGAGGUCCUAUGAUCUUGCGGCUCUUAAGUAUUGGGGACCUUCAACACAUAUAAACUUCCCGCUGGAAAGUUACCAAACUCAACUUGAAGAAAUGAAGAAUAUGACCAGGCAGGAGUAUGUUGCCCACUUGAGAAGAAAGAGCAGUGGGUUUUCAAGAGGUGCUUCAAUGUACAGAGGGGUGACAAGGCACCACCAACAUGGAAGAUGGCAAGCAAGAAUAGGCAGAGUUGCAGGGAAUAAAGACCUUUAUCUUGGGACAUUCAGUACUCAGGAGGAAGCAGCUGAAGCAUAUGAUGUAGCUGCAAUCAAAUUUCGCGGCGUGAAUGCAGUGACCAACUUUGUCAUUUCCAGAUACGAUACUGAAAGAAUCAUAGCCAGCAACACCCUGCUUGCUGGGGAAGAAGCGAGGCGCAAAAGCAAAGAAAUUGAACCAAGAACUGAGGCUAACAAUGCUGUUGAAGGAGUUGUUGUUGAAGCUGUGAACAACAACAGCAAUAAUGGUUCAUCAGUGUGGAAGAAGAAGAUGGCAUUUUAUCAUGAGGCCCCACAGCAACAAGAGUCAAGUAAUUACAGAAACUCUGCUUUUUCUGUGUCCCUACAAGAUAUCAUUGGGAUUGACUCAGUAGGAUCUAGCCAAGGCAUGGUGGAUGAGUCUACAAAGGUAAUAGGGACCCAUUUUUCAAACCCUUCCUCUCUGGUGACAAGUUUAAGCAGCUCAAGAGAAUGCAGCCCUGACAAAACUGGUCCCACACUGCUUGGAGCAAAGAUGGUUAGCAGCCCCUUUGGUGUUGGAUCUUGGUUUCCCUCUCAAAUGAGGCCUGGUGGUGUUGGUGAUGCUAUCUCAAUGUCUCACUUGCCAGUGUUUGCAGCUUGGAAUGAUAGCUAGAAAAAAUGGGGUAGAUGUCAUGUGUUCAGUUUUUUGCAUGUGGAAGAAGAGGGGAAGGAAAAUGGGAAGAAAUAGUUGUAGGGGGAAAUGAAAAUAUGGGUAUUGAAGUAACAACUAACAAUGACAAGUUGUAUUUUGUAAACAAUUCUGAUUUCUAAACAUCAAGGCAUGGAAUCUUGUAAGACGAAUCAUUUUGAUAAGUUUUUCUUUCUUUGCAUUA